CACUGUCAUUACAAAAAGUGUAAGCUGUUAGUUGUGAUGUCAUUUAUGUUAUACUUAACUUGUGUUUUGUAACCUAGGGGAUUACAUGGGUGUAUAUAUAUUCAAGUGAUUUCAAACUAGCUGACAUACACAUGCACACAACGUUAAACCGUCUUCGUGAGUUCACUGAGAGAUUUCAUUGCAUUUACAUUGACAUUCAUCUUCGCUGUUCAAAAUGAGGGAAUGCAUUUCAGUCCACGUCGGACAGGCUGGAGUUCAGACCGGAAAUGCAUGCUGGGAACUGUAUUGUUUGGAGCACGGCAUCCAGCCUGAUGGUCAGAUGCCCUCAGACAAGACCAUUGGAGGCGGUGACGACUCCUUCAACACCUUCUUCGGUGAGACCGGAUCUGGUAAACACGUACCCAGGGCUGUCUUUGCUGAUCUGGAACCUACUGUAGUCGAUGAGGUCAGAACUGGUACUUAUCGUCGUCUCUUCCACCCAGAACAACUUAUUACAGGCAAGGAAGAUGCUGCAAACAAUUACGCCAGAGGUCAUUACACAGUCGGAAGACAACUUGUCGAUCAGGUGUUGGACAGAAUCCGAAAAUUGGCUGACCAAUGUACUGGUCUCCAGGGAUUCCUCAUCUUCCACAGUUUCGGAGGCGGUACUGGGUCAGGAUUUACAUCACUUCUCAUGGAACGUCUCAGUGUUGAUUACGGGAAAAAAUCAAAACUUGAAUUCGCCGUCUACCCAGCACCUCAAGUCUCCACUGCCGUCGUAGAACCAUACAACGCCGUCUUGACCACUCACACAACUCUUGAACACUCCGAUUGCGCUUUCAUGGUAGACAACGAAGCCAUAUACGAUAUCUGCAGACGUAACUUGGACAUUGAGAGACCAACAUACACAAACCUUAACCGUCUUAUCGGUCAGAUCGUCAGUUCAAUUACUGCUUCCCUCAGAUUCGACGGUGCUUUAAACGUAGACCUGACCGAGUUCCAGACCAACUUGGUACCAUACCCACGUAUCCAUUUCCCUUUGGCUACAUACGCACCAGUUCUUUCUGUUGAAAAAGCUUAUCACGAACAAUUAUCUGUAGCUGAAAUUACAAACGCAGUGUUCGAACCAGCAAAUCAGAUGGUCAAAUGCGAUCCAAGACACGGCAAAUACAUGGCUUGCUGUAUGUUGUACAGAGGAGAUGUUGUUCCUAAAGAUGUCAACGCCGCCAUUGCUACCAUCAAAACAAAGAGAACCAUCCAGUUCGUCGACUGGUGUCCAACUGGUUUCAAAGUUGGCAUCAAUUACCAGCCACCAACUGUUGUACCAGGAGGUGACUUGGCUAAGGUACAGAGAGCAGUAUGUAUGUUGAGCAACACCACUGCCAUUGCUGAGGCAUGGGCUCGUCUUGACCACAAAUUUGACUUGAUGUACGCCAAGCGCGCCUUCGUCCAUUGGUACGUCGGAGAAGGUAUGGAAGAAGGAGAAUUCUCAGAGGCCCGAGAAGAUAUGGCCGCUCUCGAGAAGGACUAUGAAGAAGUCGGUGUGGAUUCAAUUGAUGAAGAGGGAGAAGAAGAAGCAGAAGAGUAUUAAGUGCAGUAUUCAGAAAUAAUCAAUAAAUAAUAUAUUUAUAUUAAUGUAUACUAAGUAUACGAAAUGUAGCAAUAAUAUAUGUUAUAUCAAAUAAGUAGUAGUUUUAUUUGUCAUUUUAAAAGACGAACAACUUGAUUUAAUAAAAAAAACCAACAACGAUGAAAUCCCCAUAGUAUAUUCCCGUUUAUCAUAAAGUUUAUGUUUUUGGUUCUUCUAUCACACAUCUUAUGCAUAUACGACACAGGGAGAUACACGUUCGAUCAUUUAAAAAAUACAUUUUGCCAAACACUAGUCAUAGCGGAGGUGGUAUAUUGUCCGGAUAUCCAGUAUAUG